AUGGCCUGGCUCAACGCUCACAGCGUCCACCAUCCCGCAGCUGCAGCAGCCCCGUCGCAGCCCCGCCAUCACUGUCCGUCCGAGGUCUGCCCGGAACGAAGGGACCCGCCAGCUGGCGGGUUGAAGCACGGCGGCUUAGCCCGCGAGGACGUCUGCCAGGUCGACAUGGGAGUCGACAUAGGGUGUCGGCGCGACGAAUCCCUGCGGAACGUUGGCAGGAUAUCGCUUCUAAGCGUGGAUAUGAGACCGUCGUCGAUGGCGGAUUCAUCGCCACCCGAAAGCGACCCACAGGUCCAAGGCGCCGACCACCUCCGUUUCACGCCCUCGACCGUGGACGGGACAGUGUCAGCGAUCGCAGCGUAG